AACGAUCUUUUUCAAUCUGCAACCGGCGACGAGCAGAUAACACGGCUGGAGAUCCAAUUGGAGGAAGGCACAGGAAGCGAAGAUGAAAGUCACUGUAAUGACCGCUGAUGAACAGAUCCUUACCAUUGACGUCGAUCCUCAUGAAACUGUGGAAAACGUGAAAGCUUUGCUUGAAGUGGAGACAAAUGUGCCACUUCUGCAGCAGCAGCUUCUCUUUAAUGGGAAGGAAAUGAGGGACUCUGAGAAACUGAGUGCAUUGGGGGUUAAGGAUGAGGAUUUAAUCAUGAUGGUUUCUGGUGUUGAAUCUAGGCCAGCUAGCAAUGAUUUGGCCUUGAAUCCUGAUGGUUCUGCUGUGAACCCUGGAGCACUCCAGCAGCACCUUCGACGUGAUUCCAAUCUUCUAGGACAACUAUUUCAGGCUGAUCCUGAACUUGCACAAGCUAUAACUGGAAAUGAUCUUAAUAAACUGCAGGAACUUUUGAGAGCACGUCAUCGCCAGAGAUCUGAGUUGCGGCGCCGACAAGCUGAGGAGCUAGCUCUUCUCCAUGCUGAUCCGUUUGAUGUUGAAGCACAAAAGAAAAUUGAAGCUGCCAUUCGUCAGAAAGGAAUUGAUGAGAAUUGGGCAGCUGCCUUGGAGUAUAAUCCAGAAGGUUUUGCAAGGGUGGUUAUGUUGUACGUUGACAUGGAGGUUAAUGGUGUCCCAUUGAAGGCAUUUGUUGAUAGUGGUGCACAAUCAACAAUAAUAUCAAAAAGCUGUGCUGAGCGAUGUGGAUUGCUGAGGCUUCUAGAUGACCGUUAUAAGGGUAUUGCUCAUGGAGUUGGACAAUCAGAGAUACUGGGUCGAAUACAUGUUGCCCCAAUUAAGAUUGGAAAUAUAUUUUAUCCUUGCUCUUUCUUGGUUCUGGAUGCCCCCAAUAUGGAGUUCCUAUUUGGGUUGGACAUGCUCCGUAAACACCAGUGUAUUAUUGAUUUGAAGGAGAAUGUCUUGAGAGUUGGAGGAGGAGAAGUUUCGGUACCUUUUUUGCAAGAAAAAGACAUACCAUCCCGUUUUCUUGAUGAAGAAAGAUACCCCAAGCAAGCAUCCAGCUCUGGAACUGCAGUUACAUCUGGAGCAACUGAGAAGAGUCCUGUUCCACAAGCAGGGGGCCAGACCUCUGGUACCCAUGGCGAUGUCACACAGAAACCUGAUUUUGAAGCAAAAGUUGCGAAGCUAGUGGAGCUUGGUUUUGCAAGAGAGACAGUAAUACAAGCUCUUAGAUUAUUUGAUGGCAACGAAGAGCAGGCUGCAGGUUUUCUCUUUGGAGGCUAAAGAAAACUUGCAUGGUUACAUUCUUUUGAAGACUUUCCUUUUAAAUUAUUUGAAAAGAAACCUUACAUACUGGAAAAUUGUGUUAUCUUAAAGCCAUUUGAUUCAUAGACUAUUUAUAGGUCACGGUGACCUACAAGGACUUGCAAUUCAAAUAACAGUUAACUUCAUCU